AUGAAAGGAAUUGGGUUGGUGAGUCUCAGAAGAAGAAACAGAGGGAAACGAUCAUGCGUGCAUCUAUCAUCCAAUUCAAGUCGAUCGUUAAAGAAACCAAAGAAUUUGAAGCCUAGAACAAAAGAGCAGAAGGAAAUUGAUGUACUAUUGAGUAAAGAUGUUAAGAAUUUGACUUUGCAAGAGACUUAUAAACUUGCAAGUCACCUUCGACACACAAGUCAAUUUACGAUGAGAGUGAAGAAUGUAACGAUUGGAGGAGUAUUGAAAGUUAGGAGAAGGAAUGACGAGAACAGAAGAAUGUCGGAAGAUAGAGAUUCGAAUAGUACCAUUGAGAGUACGUACUCCCAGAAAUGGGAUGUUAGUUUGAAUAUUGAAGACGUGAAAGGAGAAACGAAGAAGAAAAUUGGAAAAGGAUUCCAGAGAAGACUGACUGAAGAUAGUGAAAUUGGAUGUCUUCCGAAAGCAGACUCACUUCGAAAAAGUGUAAAGAAAGUUUUUUGGAAUGAAGUGGAAAAACAGAUUUAUUAUGAGCAACAGCUGAGGAAUACAAUCGAAAAUGAUCCAGAGUUGUGUGGAUACUACCAGAGAAGAUUCAAAUGCAGAAUUGAUAAAACGGUGAUGAAAACUAAUGCGAAGACUCUCUGGAGGCAUUUCAAUGAAAAAGAUGGGAAGCAGGUUGCCAAUGGAGACCAAGAAAUACAGUUCACUGAAAAGCUGAUGAAAUUUAUCAGAAACGGUGCCUACAAUCCUCCACGAAAUCGUCUUCAGUUCAUCGUUGAAAAGUCGAAAAACUGGGAUACCAGUGCACUGAUAUUCUCGGAUAUCCCGAAAGAGGAACCUGAUAAUAUCAAAAUUCCUCACACCCUUCUUUAUAAAUAUACUAAUAGAAAUGUGGUGAAUGAGAAGAAGUGCCCUGAAUUGGCUGCAAUAAAAAAGGAAGCAGAGAAGAAAAUUAUCAAAUGUGAUUGCUGCACCGGUGGAGCCAUCAAAAGAUGCUGGCAAAACCCAAAUUGCCCUUGCUACAUCACCAACAUGAAACUCAGACAAUUCCAGCAAGUCGACGAUGUCGUCGUUAAUGAAAAAACAAACUUCUCGACAUUCAAUCCAGUUCUUCUUCGAGGAGGCAAUUCAUUCUUUGAUACAAUUGGAUUCGCCUGCUCCGAUGAGUGUGAAUGUGCUGGAAAGUGCACGAACAAUGUCACUUUGCUCAUAGAAAAAGACGUUCAUCCGUUGGAAUUGUACCGAAAAGAUGAGCAGAUGGGAUUUGGAUUGAGGGCCAAUACCUUCAUCCCAUGUGGAACACCAGUCGUUGAAUUCACAGGAGAAUUGAAUCAUGGAGAUGUGAAAAAGUCAGAACAUGACUACUCAUAUGCCAUCUUCUCUGAAGACGAUUCAUUCCCAACCAUGAUUUCAAAAGUAUUAGGAAAAAAUACCAAAUUUGUUGCUGAGAUCAAGAAACAAUUUGAGAAAGACGAACGUUGGUUCGUCAAUCCGAAACACAUCGGGAACAUUGCCCGGACGUGCUGCCAUAGUUGUGAACCCAACAUGUCAAUGGUUCGAGUUUUCCAAAAAGGAUUCUCGCCUGCGCAUUGUCGUCUGCUUCUCGUGACUCACGAAGUUAUAUUCCCUGGAAAUGAAUUGACAUUCGACUACGGUCCGGGAUACAUUCAAGAAACGUUAGGAAACAAAUGUUUAUGUAAUAAAGCUGGAUGUCGGUGCUCAAAUAUUUAUGAGACAUUUUCGAAGUGUUCGGAGAAAUCGUUGGAAAAGUACCAAGCUCUCCGAUAUCAUAUUGGGUAUGCUGAAUUCAAGAGGAAUGUUUUGGAUGCAAUGGAAAAAAAGCUGAGUCAGAAGGUAGUUGCUCAAUAA